AUGGCCGCAAUCACAAACCACGUCCUGAGGGGUUCCACUGCGAGCUUCAUCCGCCUAGCCCGACAUCAUGCUUCUCGCCGCCUCGCCUUGCGCUCUCAUGCUCGCUGGCAGUCUUCGCUUGCUGCAGAGACUGCGAACGUCGAUAACAUCAAGGAGCGACAGGAAAAGCCGAAUAUCUUGUCGCAGGCGCGCUACAGCGACAUUGGCGUCCAGCACCUCAGCGCCCACGUGUACAAGCAGAUAUUCCCCGACGGAACCACGCCGCCGCCACCGGAACUCGUAGAGCUCUCCAGGGACCACUUGCGCCGUCACGAUCUGCUCGGAAAGAACACCGACAACAGCGACCCCAUCGCCUUCGACCUCCCCGAGCUGCAAGGACGAACCCUAGAUGAGCACUUCCACAAGCUUGCGGUUGACUCUGCCGAACCUUACCUGUCGCUCGCGAAACAGUUUGCGAGGGCGAACGCACCGCCAAAGCCGCGGAAAUGGGUCCGCCGCAGUGGAUGGACCAAAUACUAUUCGGACGGCAGGACGGAAGCCGUUGACGCGCCCGAUGAUUCCAUGUUGUGUUUUGAUACCGAGGUCUUGUGGAAGGAGAGCUCGUUUGCCGUCAUGGCUUGCGCCUCGAGUCCGACGGCUUGGUAUGCCUGGCUGUCCCCUUGGCUGCUGGGCGAGUCCGAAUCCGAUCGGCACUUGAUCCCACUGGGCGACCCAACGAAAGAGCGAGUGAUAGUAGGACACAAUGUCGGAUAUGACCGAGCGAGAAUACUGGAAGAGUACGACGUAAAGCAAACGCGCAACUCCUUCAUGGAUACCAUGUCGCUCCACGUGGCUGUAAACGGCAUGUGCUCGCAGCAAAGACCGACGUGGAUGAAGCACAAGAAGAGUCGAGAGCUGAGAGACAAGAUUGCGAGCCAGACCGACGAUGUACAGUUGGCGGAGCUUCUGGGAAACAGUGCACUCCGGCAGGAGGAGGAGGAGCUUUGGGUGGACCGAAGUUCGGUCAACUCGCUCCGCGACGUGGCCAAGUUCCAUCUCGACGUCACCAUUGACAAGGCUGUACGCGACGAGUUUGGCACACUCGACCGAGCCGGCGUGUUGGGCAAACUAGACAACCUGCUGGACUACUGUGCUGCCGACGUUGCUAUCACUCACCGGGUGUACCAGAUCGUGUUCCCCAACUUCCUCGACACCUGCCCCCAUCCCGUCAGUUUCGCGGCGUUGCGCCAUCUGUCGUCCGUCAUCUUGCCCGUCAACAAGACCUGGGACGCUUACAUCCACAAUGCCGAGGCCACCUACCGUGAGCUAUCCGAUGCCGUCCAGGAGCGUCUGAUCGGGCUCACCGAACAGGCCCUCGCCAUCAAAGACGACCCGGAGAAAUGGGGCAACGAUCCAUGGCUGAAGCAGCUGGACUGGUCUGGCCAAGAAAUCAAAAUGGUCAAGGGCAAGAAAAAGAACGAUCCUCCACGGCCGGCUGCGAGGCAAAAGAUGCCCGGCAUGCCGCAGUGGUACAAGGACUUGUUCCCGAAGAACGACUCUCCCAUCAACAUCACAGUAAGGACCCGCAUCGCCCCGAUCCUGCUCAAGCUCUCGUGGGACAACCACCCACUGUUUUGGUCAGACAAGUACGGCUGGACAUUCCGGGUGGCUGCGAGCGAAGCAGCGGAUUACCAGCAAAAGCAGAUGAUCCAGUGCGAUUUCUCCGACACCGAGAGCGAUGCUGCGCUACAGGAAGAUGGCGGCCUCUUCUUCAAGCUACCACAUAAGGACGGGCCCAUGGCAAGGUGCGUCAACCCGAUGGCCAAGGGAUACCUAUCCUACUUUGAGAAGGGCACGUUGUCUUCGGAGUAUCCGUACGCCAAGGAAGCUUUGGAGAUGAACGCGUCGUGUUCGUACUGGAUCAGUGCCCGCGACCGCAUCAGGUCACAGAUGGUUGUGUAUGAAGACGAUAUUCCGGGUGAAGGCAAGGAGGCGAGCUCCAAGAAGAAGAGAGAUCCGGAACACGUCCAAGGCUACAUCCUGCCUCAGAUCAUACCCAUGGGCACCAUCACGAGAAGAGCAGUGGAGAACACGUGGCUCACGGCGAGUAAUGCGAAGAAGAACAGAGUCGGAUCGGAGCUCAAAUCGAUGGUCAAGGCGCCGCCGGGUUACAGCUUUGUGGGUGCCGACGUGGACUCGGAGGAGCUCUGGAUCGCGAGUUUGGUAGGAGACGCGACCUUCAAGCUCCACGGUGGUAACGCCAUCGGGUUCAUGACAUUGGAGGGCACAAAGGCCGCCGGCACGGAUCUGCACUCGCGGACGGCGAGCAUUCUGGGCAUCACCAGAAACGAUGCCAAGGUGUUCAACUACGGCCGCAUCUACGGCGCCGGCCUCAAGUUUGCCGGUCAGCUGCUCAGGCAGUUCAACCCUAACCUCUCGGAGAAGGAGACGAACGAGACAGCUUCGAGGCUUUAUGCCAAGACGAAGGGCACCAAGACGAGCAGGUCGGUCCUGAGCAAGCGGCCAUUCUGGCGCGGCGGGACAGAAUCCUUCGUUUUCAAUAAGCUCGAAGAGUUUGCGGCCCAAGAGCGGCCACGGACAUUUGUCCUGGGCGCGGGCAUCACGGAGGCUCUGAUGCGCCGGUUUAUCAACCAGAACGGCUACCUGACCUCACGUAUCAACUGGGCAAUCCAGUCCUCAGGCGUCGACUACCUCCAUCUCCUGAUCGUAGGCAUGGACUACCUCACUCGACGGUUCAACAUCGAUGCUCGGCUCGCCAUCACCGUGCACGACGAAAUUCGAUAUCUCGUCAGGGACCACGACAAAUACCGUGCCGCGAUGGCUCUCCAGGUGGCGAAUGUUUGGACAAGGGCAAUGUUUGCCCAACAAGUGGGCAUCAACGAUCUGCCUCAGUCGGUGGCAUACUUCUCCGCCAUCGACAUUGACCACGUCCUCCGCAAGGAAGUCGACAUGGACUGCGUGACACCAAGCCACAAGACCGCCAUCCCCCCGGGAGAGAGCAUCGACAUUACUGCCCUACUCGCCAAGGGGGCCGAGGCCUGCCUGGACCCUUCCAUCGUGCCUGACCCGGCGCAUGCGCCCAAGCUCGACGGGAUCGAGUACACGCCACGCACGCCCGUCAUGGAUACACUCGAGGAUUCGACAUCGGCCGAUCCCUACUUUCUCAAGGCGCAGAUCGUGAGCACAGAGAUAGAGCUGAGCCAAGUGCUCAAGGACAGGAGACAGGCGGUCAAGGUACAGGAGGAGAAGAAGCCGCGCGCAGCCAGGCCCAAGAAGGAGCGCAGCGUGCUGCCGUACCAAUCAGACGCAAAGCUGGUGCCGACCAUGACAGUGUCGGACGCCUUCGGACACAACAAGUACGGUUCGCGAUUCGAACCGAAGAACCGGUGGACGACAUGGCAAAAGGAGAAGGGCACUGGUCGCUUCGGACCGAGCUCGAGAAUAUAA